AUGCGGAUGAACAAGUUCCCAACGCAUUUAGAGUUGUUAACAAGCGUUUCCGUUGAGAUUUCGGCCUUUCGGGGAAAUACCUAUUUAUAUAUUCUAUUCCCCUAUUUUCUAUCAAACCGGAUGUUCCCGGCGCGCGUGAGGACUCGGCCCAAACCGGGUUGCUUCCCACGGAAACGAGGCCAACUGGAGGGCGGGGUUCCGGAGUCGGGCGGCAGGUCACUGUCCUUCGAUAGAAACGGAAUGUGCAGACGAGCGGACGAGCAGACGAACCGAGCAACAACAAGACAAGCACAACCAAGUCGAGACCGCCCCGAACUAUGGUACACACAGACAGUCAACCAACAUAGGAAACGUGUCUCACCCAAGGACUGUUUCGAAACCGUACCCGAAACCAAAUCGACUCCGACUUGCAUUUUAGGCAUUCUGGGAGGUCCUUGGCACGAUUCUGUACGACUUGGAGCGUACGCAACUCGCGACCCCGCACACCCCCCCCCGCCGCAAAAAACAGGGAAAAUCAGUAUGCCGGCACGGCGACGACCGAGCAAAAAAGCCUCUUCUUGUUUAGACAAUUACAACGACGAUCAACAGCGACGUAUGGCGGCCCGACCGGAUGGGUCCCAUAGACGAUGGAACAAACGCAAUAUUGCCUACGGGGCGGCUCUGAUUGCCACGUUGUUGAUCGUUGCCGUCGUUCUCCUUGCGGUGCUCUUGCCCGACACGAAUCACGACAGCAACACUGGUAGUACUACUACUACGACGACGACGACUACCAACGAUGCUUCCACAGCUGCUCCGCGGUGGCUUCCAAAUAUCUUCGGUGCCGACGCAGCAAUCCAGUGCCCAAUCCUCUCAGGGGACGGCGGAACCUUUGUCCUCCGCGCCCUCCACAACGACCCCCACUGCCAGCCCCUCGCUGCGACCGUCGCCAGGAACAAGCACUCGACCGGAAACUACCGUGUCCAUAACCAGCAAACACGGACCAUGUACUCACUGCUUGUUUUUCUCUCUUUCCUUUUCGCCUACACUUGCAUACAGACAAAGCCGCCACCACGACGGAACAUUACGACCAUGGGAACGUUCGAAUUGUUGGAAACGGUUCCGCACGACGCCAACGCUUUUACACAAGGUUUGCAAUCGGUACCGGAUGAUCGUACUACUACCGCCAGCACGACUAGUACGACCAGCAAAAUGUACGAAAGUACCGGAUUGUACGGAGCGUCGGACGUUCGGAUCGUUGACGUUGCCACGGGGGGAGUUCUACUAAAGACGGAAUUACAAAGUCAAUUCUUCGGCGAAGGUCUUACCUACUACGUCGACAGUCUCGCCCAAGAAGGGCGUUUGGUUCAAUUGACAUGGAAAGAACAAACUGGCUUUGUCUACGACCCUACCACCUUGGUACAACUCUCCAACUUUACCUAUAAAACUUCCAACACGGAAGGAUGGGGCAUUACCUACCGGGCUGACCAAAACAUUUUUUACGUCACGGACGGGUCGACCUUUGUCCACACCUGGAACGUGGAAUUUCAAGAAAUCGCCAAGGUGCCCGUGACGAUGCAAAAUACGGCAACAUCCAACCCCUCUACACUCAAUCUCAUCAACGAAUUGGAAUGGGAUGUGAAUUCGCGGACCUUGCUCGCCAAUGUUUGGAUGCAGGAUGUGCUAAUACGGAUUCAGCCCGAAACGGGUUUUGUCACGACCGUGUACGAUUUAACCACGCUGUUUCUAAAUCGACCAAACAGUGCCGAUGUCCUCAAUGGGAUUGCCUUGACCGACGUACCCGACGAAUUGUGGGUCACGGGAAAGCUAUGGCCUAAUAUGUACCGCAUUCGACUCAUUGGGUGA